AUGGCUCGCUUGAUGCUGUUACUUUUGCUGAUAGCCCCAUUGACUCUUCCCACUUACGCAGACAGCGGGCAAAAGGUAAUUAAGUUAAAAAUAUAUAUUGCGUUUAGUUUUCGCCGAGACACUUUAAAGUGACCUUUCGGCCCUUUCUGUCUUAUUGAACGCCAUGGCGUUUACGUUCCUACUAAAUAUUUUAUCCUGCGGCCUGUUCGGGCUGCACUAUCGAUGCUUAAUGAACACGUUUUUGUCAGCCGAGCAAAUCUAAAUAUUAUGCCUUUAAAGGGUGAUGUGAAAUGUAGGGUAUCCAUUUACACUAUAGCGAAAGUAAUGACUCUGAAGUAUUGGUGGUAAUAUAAACUAGACGUAGUUAAUCGAUAAACCGAUAAUCGAUAGUAAUUGAUAGUAAUCGAUAUCAAUCAUCGAUAAAUAUUGAUUUCCGAUAUCGAUCGAUAGAAAUCGGUAAAGAAAAAAGUUGUGACUUCGACUAAUAUUUAUGAUUUUCCGAUGGAAAUCGAUAAUUAUUUUUAUCGAUUGUUAUCGAUUUUGUUAAUCGAUAAUAAUCAAUAAAUUAUUUUUUCUCUUUGACUACGAUUUCUAUCGAUUUCCGAUAUCAAUUGAUAUUAAUCGGGUGAUUAAAUCGAUUAAUAUCGAUGAUAUCGAUUGAUUUCCGAUAUCGAUUUUUAUCGAUAAACUACGUCUGGUAUAAAUACUACUGACGAAGAUACUCAUUUUAAUCAAUUUGCUACACAUGUGUUUUUCGCAGACCUAUACAUUCAAGGUAUCCAAAGAUAUGUACGAGAGUAUCAAAGUUGAUGCCAACAAGGAAUCCGAGACCUUUUCUCAGAGUUUUGCGUCGUCAGGCAAAAAGGAAGGAGACUUUGUCUACGACUUUAACAGGGUCAGUAACUAACAUAAAAGAUCAAACAAGUCAAACUCAUCUAAAUUUGGAGUCUUUUUUUUGUUUUGACAAAAAACUGAGCUCAUUUUUUUAUGCGAUUUAAAUAUUUCGUUUCUCCGACUUUUUGGCUUAAAAACUUGAAAUUAAAAAAGAGAAUAAAAGGUUAAAAAUCCGAAAUUAUCAGUGCACAGUUUUGCGAAAACGUCUCUGAAAUGGCAACAAAACAGUAUUUUUAUUUCUUUAUUUUUUGUUUGUUUCUGACGAGAACAUUAAGCUGUUUUAGAUAGUCCCGCAUUUUUGCAUCAAAAUUUCGGUGCACAAACCAUUCCAGGACAUUUCUCCAAAACUUUUCAAACCGCUCAGUGUACGACCAAAACUAUAAGGAGGGCUUAAAAGCAAGAGAAUGAUAUGUACAUUUUCCAAGGCUGAAGGCCAAGCUCGCGUUGAUAAAUUUUUGAUUUACUUCAAACAAUAAACUUGUAACUACAUGUAUUGGAUGUAAACCACUUGGAGUUGAGCCUGCAGUCAGCUGAAAGGUAGUAACUUAUUAGCGGAUAACUAAAAAAAAAAACGCAACCUCGAUAGGUCGGUAUCUGAACCCGCGAUACGGUCAUGUGAUACUGAUCAGCGGAUACCCUGUUUUUGACAGCUGUCAACUCAUCACCACAUGGAUGUGCAUUAUCAGGUUGUAAGUUCUUACACUAGCCAUAAGUGUGAGAUUUCACGUUGGUUGCCCUCUGGUACGGACGGACGGACGGACGGACGUACGGUCACCUAACUACCCAAAUUUUACAGGUGGAUAGAUCCCCAAAUUUACUUAGCUGUGGUGCUCCGCUCGUGCGCGCUAUAGUGGAGUUCCUCUACAAAAAAAUCUCUUGAUUAGCCUAUACAGUAUCCUGUAAUAUCAGUUCGCUGCCAGGGUAUUGAAGAGCGAAAGAAAAAUUUGAAACUUUUAAACUAUUACUUUAAUUUGUUUUGUUGGUUUUGUUCAAUCGGAUAACGGUUACUUUCGAUAUAAUUACUUAUUUGUCUAUUGAUCCUUGCUUCGUAUUGGCUUGAAUUUACUGCAGAACUUAACGAUGAUUCGAUUGCCAAAGGCAAAGGGCUGCUUUUUAAGAUACUCCAUUGGGAACGUUCCUCGACCUGCUGACUUGCUGAAACAAUUACAAUUGGUAAGUGUCUGAGGACCUAUGACAAACGUCGUUAAAAUUAGUGUUUGGCUGAAUUAAUCUCUUAACCAACCUGUAGGAUGCGCGCGCAAUGCAUGAUUAUACCAAGAGCAACAUCAUAACUGUGUGUUUAUUCCCUUCAACAUUCGGAAUAAUCUCGGUACAUGUAAGCGUUAUCAACCUCGGUCUUCGGCUCGGCUGAUAACAUUUUUCUUGACCUUGAGUAUUCUGGAAAUCACCACGUCCAAAAAUUGUUUAUAAUCACUUUUACCAACAACAUUCGAGAGAUUCGCUAAAGUUAUUUAUUUAUUCCUUUAUUAAAACUUGCUGAUCCGUGCAACCUUUUGAUAACUGUUCCUGCACUCGAAAUCAUUUAUUUUUCACGCUGGUUUCCAUCAUCUACAGGUGCAGAAAAGUACCGAUUCUAAAAUGACCACUACGUCUGAGGAAAAUUUCAAGGUUGUUGGCAAACUGAGAGACCGUUCGGACUUGAGCGACGAGAUGAAGGAUCUAUGCGCAAAGUUGCCAAUUUACCGAAUCCGGAAGUUGGAAAAGAAACAGAAUGACGACGCUUCUCAAAUGGAAGACGAUGUGGAACAGUCCGAUAAAGUAGAUGAUGCACCAGAGAGGGUGGCUAGAGGUAAUAAAAUGGUUAAAUGGAUAUCAAGUUCUUGAAGAAGCUAUAACAACUUAACAGAUCGCUGUCAACAGCAUGAAAAGUUUGGAUGGCCUUACAAUACUAUAAGAACGAACCAUGUGCCAUCUUCACUUUCUUUAAAGAACCCUAUGCUGAAAGCUAUUUUAAUUUAAAACAGAUUCAACAAAAUCAGAAACAUGAAUAACUUUUCCAUAGUUUUAAGCCAACUUUUGUGUUUUCAAUCUUAAACCAUGGCCCGUCCACACCUAUUGAUCCGAGCAGAGGAAAACGCAUACUAAUAUUUCCGUUUAUUCAGUUUGGUUGUUCCCCGUUUGGAUUCACCCAUCGACAAGAAUACGCUGCUUCAAUCAACAUUUGCUAACUGCUUGCUUCUUCAAUCAAUGGCCAGGCCUGCCUAAUAUGUUUAAAAUUAAAUUACCCGGAAAGGCUUAUCGGACAGCUAUGGAUGGAUAAUUCGUUUACCCAACCAUUUACAGGCGAAAAAUAGUAACCCUGAUCAGCUUCACAGUUCUGCCGGUGUGUUGUCCUACUAGGCACUUGUAAGCUUAGGACGAAUUAACCUAAAACCGUCUUGCACGAGGCCAAUGAGUCGAACAACAGGUUGUUGUUGUCCACCACCCGAGUUUAAAUUUGCAAGUUCUCUUUUUAGCCUAAACUCCAGUUUUUGACGUAGUUGAAUUUAAAAAUAUCCAGUUUCAAUCGUCUAGUACGAAUCGGAUUUUAAAAAGAGAACGAUUCAGCGACUUCUAAAAGAUACGGUUUCGGCCAGGGGGAUUCACUGGUUUCACAGGGCCUAUUCGUGUAAAAAAAAAACUUUUUAAAAAAAUAUCCGGAAUCAUGUUGACGGGCCUUAAACAACUUCUUAAAAGUGUUUAAAAUUUUGUGGAACACAAAGCGUCGUAUCAACUCUGUGUAUCAGGGCAUGACCCUGGUAGUGGUUGUCCUUUAUCUAUUAGCCACUCACUGUACAAGAAUUAUUCACGCAUCUCACAAUAUUUUAAAAAAUGGACACGUCUGUCUUUAUAACGACUGACUACCCUAAUUCGAAGCUGCUCAUCAGUUUCGGAUUUGAAUAACCUGUAAUAGUUAUAACCUUUUGUGCCUAUAGGCCUCGUCCGGAAAUGGGUGUGCAGACGAGUUUGUAAACACAUACGCGCAUGCGUCAAAGUCCCAAGAAUUAGCUGCAGUUGGAGAGGCUGUAAGGCUUCCUGGCGCUGGAACUGCUGGAUCGUAAAGAUUAUAUGCCCCUAUACCUGCUACUGGGCUUUGAUCAAGCUUGGCUAA